GAACUAACAGGAGUUCAGUCAAACAUUGGUUUCAUGGCAUUAGUUUAUAGUUGGUUCUGUAUUGUCUAUAUUAUGUAAAAUAGUGUGAUAUCUUUUUCGCUAAAUGGUAGAAAGGUAUGAAAAGUAUUAAAUCUGGAAGACAAUUAGUUAUGGAUGAUGCGAGGGUCAUGUCUCUAGGCACAUGCACAACAAACAACGGUCGGAUCCUAUGUUUGACAAAACACUUAGUCCUCAACAACAAAGUUUAGUUGGAUCUUCCUGCUUUCAUUUUGUUACUGAUAUUUUUAUUAAAAUAAUUUCAGGUUCCAAUGUACAUAUGAAACGAAAAUUCCUUAUCAUCUUCGGCCUCUUCUAAUUAAUUGUUUUUUUUUCCCAAAAGUACUAUAUAUUCUUAUCUCGGUUGGGAAAGUCAAAUGUAGUUCUAGCUCACUUUUCUUUUCUUGUUUAAUGUAAAAAGUUUUCUAAGUACAAAAGGUAUUGGUCUUUUGAACCCUUACGUUCGUAAUUGGCUAAUAGUAAUUAAACUAAAUGUAAUGUAUCCAUGAAACAUGAUUAUUUAUAUAAUCAUAUUAAGAAGUGUGAUUGAGAUAUGAGACUAGAGAAUGAUGGACUUAGGAAAUUUUACAUGAAAUCAAGAUAUUUGAAAUCAAGUCACAUGACGUGAUUAGAGGUUAUAUAAAUGGAGCCAAAGCCCGAUUCAUGUGGCUCAAAGAGAUAUGAACAUUGUAAAGAUAUAUUAGCAUUAACUGCAUAUCUGAAUAAAAGCAAAAACUAGGGAUAUACAUUAUUCAAAAGUGAUAGUGACAACCCUACGUCUGAAGUUGACUCUUGAACCACACAUGGUCACAGUUCACAAUCCCAACAAAAGAUUAUAAGAGAAAACAAACAACAAAACGAGAGAUACAUGGGGAGUCUUGAUUUGGAUUAAUCAUACAAGUUUUUAAAUGACGAUGAUAAUAUAUUUAUUGGACAAAAUAAUAUCGAGGAGCAGCAGAUACUUAGGGUUUUGCAAUAAACUUUGUUAACCAUGGUUGAGUUAAGACGAUAGUGUGACAAAAGUCAAAGAGGAGAAGAGACGGAGUAGCGAGCGUUGUGGCAGAUAAUUAAUCUAUUAAAGAAAGAAAGAAAAUAAGAAGACAAGAGAAUUAAAAAGAAGCACGAGGUAGACAAAGAUUCGUGAGGCAAGGAAAUGCCAACUCGAAGGCCUUUCUUUACGUGAAGAAACAUCAAUGCAUGUGUCAUCUUCCUUCACAAAAUAUUAUAUCUGUCAUUGUCUUCUCCUCCACGUUCGUUGUCAAUGUGUCCAUAUCUACGUUUUUUCCUGUUUUUUUCCCCUUAAUUGAGUUCUCUUUUAUUGUCUACUUUUACUAAAAAUAUAAUACUAAUCUCGAGAUUUACAACCACCGAAUAAAUUUCAUAGCGCUUAGCUUACGUAACAUUAGAAAAAUAUUUGUGUUUCUUGACUAUAUGAUCUCAGAUUCGAUCGGUGAUUAUACUGUUUAGCAAACAAUCGGAACAAGUGUCUUGUUUGCAUUCUCUUUUUUUUUUCAUACAAUAUAUACUACAAAUACGAAAUGUAAAGUUUGCAUUCCUCAGCUAACUAUUAUAUUAUGUAUACAAUGAACUAUAGUUUAUAUAUUUUAGUUGGCCUUUCAUACCUUUUGUCUCUUUUACUAUAUAUAUAUAUAUGUAUGCAUAUCGAUAUUAUUUGUUCUAUAUAGCAUUUUGCUUCUUGUAGUAACUUUUGCAGUUUUGAUGUCGGCAGUGGUAGUAAAUAGUAAAAAUAAUUUUAUAGGGGAACAUUUUGGUGGAGGAGCAUUGUCGGUUUUUAUUGGAUUCGUGUCGUCGGUUUUCACUAAGUUCGUGGUGUUGAAUAUCGCCGGUCAAAAGAUUACUCAUAAACUUUGUUGGAAUUCUUGGCUUCGUACCUUGAAACAUUAUCGGAAGAUUGGCUUUGAAAGUUUCAGAGAUCCUUGGGUUUUGGCCUUUUUCGAUCAUUAGUCGUUUUUCUUGCAUUUGGUGUUGUUUAACUCGUUAUUUGAUCUGUUACGAGUCACUCUGUAUCGCUAUCAAAAAUUAAAAUGGUAAUAAAUCUUAGGUGAUGAUUGUUUUGUUAGAUUCUAGAUUUUGGUUUUGGAUUUUGGUUUUUAAUUUUUUGUUUUUAAUUUUUGGUUUUUGAUUUUGCAAUAGAUUUUGGUUUUUUGAAAAACUUGAUUGGUGGUUUUUGAUUUUGGUUUUUAGUUUCUAGUUUUUGCUUUAAAAAAAAAUAAAUUUUAAAUAUAAAUAGUAAAAUAUCUAUUAUGAAAAAAUAAAAAAUAAAAUACUAUCAUCAAAGCAUACAUAAUUUUUUAAAAAAUAUUUUAAAACAAAAAAAAUUAAAUAAAAAAUAAAAAUUAUCUUGAAUCCCAUAAAGAUGCAUAAAUUUAAUCUCGACUGCCUUCCAUAUAGUACACAUGAGUGUUAUUAUGUUCUUCGUCUUCAUCUGAAUCAGAGUCUUCUGUUGGUACAUUACCAAGUUGGAUAGUCUGAAUCAAAAUCAACAUCUCCUAAAUUUGAUAGCCUGAUAAAAUUAUGUAGAGCCAUUGAAAAAAUAAAAAAUAAAAUACUAUCAUCAAAGCAUACAUAAUUUUUUAAAAAAUAUUUUAAAACAAAAAAAUUUAAAUAAAAAAUAAAAAUUAUCUUGAAUCCCAUAAAGAUGCAUAAAUUUAAUCUCGAAUGCCUUCCAUAUAGUACACAUGAGUGUUAUUAUGUUCUUCGUCUUCAUCUGAAUCAGAGUCUUCUGUUGGUACAUUACCAAGUUGGAUAGUCUGAAUCAAAAUCAACAUCUCCUAAAUUUGAUAGCCUGAUAAAAUUAUGUAGAGCCAUUGAAUAAAUCAAAAUCAUGAUUGGACAAAAAAUAGAUUUUAAAAAAUCAAAAACCAGAAACCAGUGCAGAAUCUGCAAACAAUCAACCUCUUAAUCAUUUAUCCAAAAAAAAUUGGUGGAGGAGCAUAUUUUCUGAUAACUGUAACACAAAUUAAAACUCCGGUAAAAAUAAUAGUGAUAACAGUUGCCAAAAUUUAUGUUGUAGCCAUCUAGACUAUCGUGUAUUAAUAUUUAUUAUAUGUUGAGAAGAAAUUUAAACAUGUUGACAAGAAAUUUAAACAUGUUGACAAAAAAAAAAGAAAUUUAAACAUAUAUAAGUAAUUAAGUAUGUAAAUAUUUAGGCUUUUGGGACAUGAAAAAUGUUAAUUACUCUAUCUUGCACGACCUGGUUCUAACUAUAUAUAAACUUGGCCUUUACUUCCUCAUCUCCAAAAAGCAUGGACUCAACAUUUACCGACAACGAAUAUUUCACACUACUGUGUUCAAACAAAAUCUUUUUAUAACAUGUUUUAAUUUGCUGACCCUAGUUUACUACGUAAACUGUAAAGCAGCAUUGAGCAUCACACAUCCAUCCAGCUGAGAGACUUGGAUUAUUUCCGAAUCCGACCACAAUUGUCUAUUAUAUUAGCCGGAUACAUAUAUAUAUCUUUUUUUGGUAAUCAAAAAGGUGUUUUCACCUCUUUGCCGGGAACCCAAACAUUGUAAAUACAUAUUUAUAAAUUGUUUUGGAGGUUUUAUAAAUCAUGUAUGUAAAUUUGAACCACUGAACUUGGUCUGCAUUUGGUUUCACUUCUGAGACAAACAUUGUAAUAUAAGGAAAAACGCACUACAAGAAAUUUGUGUUUUAAUAGCAGGACAGCAUAGCGUUUUUUUCGAUUGUGAUAUAGUUGACAUACCUCUAGUUUUAACAUAGCGUUUGUAUAUUCGGAAACGCUAUGAUAGAGUGCUAUAUUUAGAAACGCUAUAAUAGCUUAUGGUUUAAUAGCAAAACAUAACGAAGCGUUAUGAUAGCUUAUGGUUUAAUAGCAAAACAUAACAAAACGUUAUGUUUGUCUUUUUAAAUCUCUAAACCCUAAACAAAUUUUUAAACCCUAAACUCUUAAUACAAAUCUGAACUCAAAUAUUUUAACACCAAAACUUAAUUUAACUUCGAAUUUUAAAUAUCAACUCAAAAAUUAAUCUUUUUCAAAAACUGAUCUCAAAUUUUAAAUUCAAUACCUAUAAACUCUAACCCUCAAACCCUAUAGUUUAAACCCUUAUUCUAAAUUCCAAACUUUAGAUUUAGACUUUAAAUUAAAAUCUUUCAAAUUUUAUGCAUCAAAUCUUAAAUUAUAAAUCAUAAAAAUAUUAAAUUUAUUUACAUAUGUACUUUACACUAAAUAUAUAUAAAUAUUAAAUUUAUUUACAUAUGUACUUUAUAAAAUGCAUUUUUAUUAAUUUUUAAUAUAAAAUGAAAUAUAGUCGCUUUGUUAAUGUUAUAUAUCAUUAACUUUAUAAAUGUAAAUGAUAAUUUAGUUUUAUAUAAAUAAAAUUAGAUAAAGAUAAAAUUAUAAUUCUUAAAAUAACCAUUAAAUAAAAACAGUUUUUGAUUGAUUAAUUUUCAACCAUCGAUUGCUUUUAAUCUAAUGGUUACGAAUCAAUUUUAGUCAAUCCUCGUCCUUCCUCCUUAUUGGUCAAACUAUCAAAAAUAAGGAUUACAAUUUGUGGCCAUCGAUUGUUUUGAUCUUGUGGCCUAAGAUCAAACUUCUCUCUUACGAUACUUUUUUUAUCAACUCUUUUCUUACGAUUAACAGAGUCUUCUCUUUCCCUAGAGAGGCAAGUCUCCACUCCAGUCUUAUUCUAUGGUUCAUCCUCCCCGUAGCUUUGUCAUUCACAACAGAGAACAUACCAAGAGUCGCAAAAAACCCUGGACAGCCACACAAACCAACCUUUCCGACGGUAUCAGCAUCUGUGCGCUGCUGACGCUUCCCCUGCAGAUCCAAUCUCUCCAGAUCCUUUCUCUUCCAGAGAAACAGAUCCAAUCUCUCUAGAUCCUUUCUCUUCAAGAGAUUCAGAGAUGGCAAGUGACAAACAGAGAUGGCGGAGCAGCGCCGGUGGCAAGGUGGAAGAUGGAGGAGAACGUGUAGCAGCGCUACUGGCAAGGCAGACCACCAGAGGAGACAGAGGAAAAGGCUGACGGCGGUGGCCCGAGCUUCUCUCCGUUGAGACGGAGAAGACAGAGGAAGAGGAAGACAGUGUUGGCAGAUCCCGAGCUUCUCCCUCCUGCGUCUCCGCUCUUUCUCUCCGACGCUGCCGCUGCAGCUGCUCACCUUGCGGCUUUGACGGAGAAGACAAUACAAUGUGGCUGGGAAGUUUAGAUCUAGGUUUUUUUGGUUAGGUUUCUUUUUUUAAUUUGGGUUUAGUUUUUUUUGUAAUUCAAUUUUAAUUAAUAAAUUAAUUUUAAUUUAUAAAUCAAUUUAAUAUAUGAAUUGCAAUUUCGAUAUAUAAUUUUCCAAAUUUUGAUAUAUAUAUAAUAUAUAUAUAUAUAUAUAUAUAUAUAUAUAUAUAUAUUUUUAAUAAUAUAAAUAAUAACAAAAAAGGAAACGUUAUUAAAAAAUAUUUAAUUGCAUACUGAAAAACGUUAUUGUAUAUAACAUAAAGAUAACAGUGCAAAAAAGCGCUAUCUAAAGUGUUUGACCUACUAUGACGGGCGAUGAUACAGCGCUUCAUAAACCGCUAUCGUAUCGUUAGAUAGCGUUUUUCGUCCGUUAUUAAAAGCAUUUUUUCUUGUAGUGACGGAGACAAUUCAGUACUCAUCCAUUGUAAUAUUAUUUUUUAUUAACAUUAAAUAGUAAUAUUUUGACAACAUAUUAUUACAAGAAACGAAGAACCAAUACAAUAUAUCUUGAGGAUUAUAACCUUAGCUUAUACAUUUUGCGAAAUUGAGCCUUUUCCCAUGAAAGAUGUAUGAACUCUAUCAGCUGGACAGAGGUGAGAGCACGAUUUUUCUAUAAGUUGCAUACGCCAGUGGCCUUUUGUCCAAAUUCUGAUAUGCAAGAUACAUCGCAAUCUUUUAAGUCCAUCAUACAUAUCCCAAUGUAUGUAAUGCAGCUUCAUAUUUUCCUUAAUUAUAUUUACAUCAAAAACCAUUUUUCAUACUUAGAUAAAAAAAAUCAUGAAUACUUAUAUUAUAUAAUAAUUUGCAGGAAAAAGUGAUUAAUACAUUGGGAAAGAUAUAUUAAUUCUACCUAUCUCAUGUGCGCAUAUACAACAUGUGGCAUAUAUAUGCAGUAACAAAUUAUUCGAAACAUGGAUUAUUUUCUAACAAAAGGGAAAGUAGUUUAAACGAAAAUGAAGAGAGAAGAACAAAUCCACAAAUUUCAUGAAACUAGAUAAAGAUGAUUAUCUUUUACUCUGUAUGCAUUUUGAACGCUUUGAUAUUCUUUAUCUAUAAAAAAAUUCUUCAUGAUAAGAGGGACAUCCGGUUGGAUAACACAGACCUGAUCCAACUCAAGUCGAUGUUGUUGAAGGAUGAAUGCGCUUGAUAUUUGUGAUUUGUGUAUGUUUUAAACUUUUGUUUCGUUGAUUCUAGUCCUUUUAACCAUUUGGUAGUUAUGUUAUUGUGUUUGGGAGUUGUUUUUCUUAUCUUGGAUUAUAAAGUCUUAGGUUGUGUAUAAUGCAUUUUCAUAAUAUUUUUUCAAGUUUAUAGUGUCAACUGAAGCUUGGGAACAUAAGAAGUUAAGAACUACAAUGAAAUACAUAUCUUUUCUGCCGAAUCUGCUCUGGGAUUAGGUGACAGGAGACAAGUACAAGAUGUUAUCAUUGCUGGUUUUCGCAUGUCAUCAUCAAACAGCACUUGAAAUAUAAUAAUUAAUUACUUAAAAUAGGUUUUAAAUUAGUCCAUAAUCUUGUAUAUAUUAUCUGAAUCCGAAGAUCCGAAUUGGAACCGACCCCAAACACCGAUUCGGGUCAGUACAUGUAAUGUCAUUUUAUCCUACUGGAUUUUAUAUGGAGGAUCAUGGGUCUUGAAUCCGACCUGAACUGAACCCUAGAUCCUAUAGGGUAAUAGUGGAUUCUAAUUUUAAUAAUCCUACCCUAAUAUCUAUUACAAAUUUUUUUUUUAUUCUUAUGGAUUGUGAUAUAUCGGGUAUUUAAGUUGCGGGUUACAAAAAGUUCGAGUGCAAAUUUGGAAUAGGAUAAAAUAAAUUCGAGUUAUCCAAAUUAUACCUGAAAUUUAUAAAAGAAACCUAAAAAUUAUAAAGUAACUGAUCUGAAAACAUGAAAAAGUCGAAAAUACCUAAAAGACUUGAAAAUCAAAUCGAAUAUAUCUGAAUAUAGAGGUUCUUUACAUGUAUAAAAAUUGUCUAUCCGAACCAACCCAGAUCCGAGAAGACCCAACUCGAAAUCAAACCAAUUUUUUUUAAAUACUUAGUUGGAUCCAAAUGGCUAGGAUCCAAAGAACUCAAACCUGAAAGAAUCUAAUAUAAACCUGACUCGAGGAUCCGUUUGUCCAUGCCUAUUAACACAAAUAUAUUUUGCAAAUAUGAAGGAUAAUCAAAACUCAAAAGAUAUAACAUAAUAUUUUGUAAUUAAAUAAAAUAAUAGUAAUAAUAUUCAACAUUCCUUUUACAUAUAAUUUAAAGAUUUGUAGGGUUUGUUAUAAAAUAAGUAAGACGGUAAGCUGAAAAUAUGUAAUUGCUCUAAAAACAGUAUGCUGAAAGAUACUUUUUUAUAUGUUUUAUGGCUGAUCCGGUCGGCUAACGUCUACAAAGUGGACUAGCCAAAAGCGUGACAUGUUGUCUGAUCCGAGUUUGGAAUACUUUCUGACUAAUGUUAGGAAAUGAACCGAUCAUCUAUUACGGCCCACCAUAUAAACCACUUGGACCGAAACCAAAUCUAAUAUUGGCCAAAGUAAUGAUAAUUUAGUUACAAGGAAAAAUCGGACCAAUACUGAUGUGGAUACAUACUAAGUCCCAAAAUAUUACCACCAUGUUGAAAGAUACUGAUACAAAUAUUUUUAGUUUUAAAAAAAAAAUAUCAUACAAAAUAUCAUAUAUUCCGUCUAGUAUCCAUAUAUGUCUCUUUAGAAGUUUGACUACAACUGUUUAUGGCUCAUUUUGGCAUUUGACUUCAAAUGUAUGUUUGAACUUUGAGAAAUUAAUUCGAUGUUUUUUGUUUUGACUAAGAAAUUAAUUCGAUGUUAUCAUCAAUAUUCAGCAUUCAGCAGAAAUGACCAUUUCUUUUGGAAACAAAUCAUUACAUAUAACUUGCUAUUGGCGCACUACACUAUAUAUAUAUAUAUAUAUACCAGCUAGAUGUUCCAAUGGUAUACCAAUAAUUGUCUCAACCAAUUAUCAAAGAAAAAAACUAGAAAAUAUGAAGAAUACAUUUUCACUUGUGGUUGUAAUCAUCUUCUUUGUCAUGCUUUCUUCCGUUGCUAAUAAGGUGAAGGCAAACUCAUGCCAAGACCCUCUAGGUAGUUGUCUACAAUGUGAUGAGAGAUGCAAGGCUAAACACGGGCCAACGGGCCAAGCAAGUUGCGACAACAGAAACCAACUUUGCACGUGCUAUUACACAUGCGGACCGCCAUCACCAACUCCUCCACAUCACAAACAAUGCUACGGUGGGACUGGCUUGUGCAGCAGUGCAUGCAAUCAAAACUGUGCACAAAAGUAUCUUGGUGGAUCUGGAUUUUGUGAGAGCAUUGGCAACUCUAGACUGUGCAAAUGCCAGUAUCCUUGCUAAUUUUUUUUUAAAGUUAUAAACGAAACAAAUCAAUAAAACAGAAUCAGUUUACUUUCGUAUUUUUAUUUGGAUGGUGAUAAUUUGAUAGGCUUUUCGGACAUUAAAAUGUUAAAUAUUACUCUAUAUAUUCUGCAUCACCUGGUUCUAACUAUAAAAUGGUCUCUACUUCCUGUUCUUCGUAAAGUAUGGACUUAACCAUUUACCAACGAAAAAUAUUUUACAUUACUGUGUUCAAACAUAAUCUUUUUGGUACAUGUUUUGCUGACCUUAGUUUAUAUAGUACUUAAAACUGUAAAACAUAUGAAGCAUUAAGCAUUCGAUUGAAAGCGCAACUAAAUUAUAUUAUAUAUAUUAGCCGGAUACGUUAUAUAUUGUUUUGGAGAAUUUUGGUUUAGAUAAUGUAUGUAAAUUUGAAGCACGAAAGUUGUAGUUUUAUUUAUUGACCGGUAAAUAAUCGCUCAUAUAUUCUCCAUAAACUUCUAAGGAGGUUAUUGGGAGAUAAAUUUGUAUAGAGUUUGUGAAUUUUAAAAAUUGAUAAAUUUAUAAAAAGUUAUGUAGAUUGUGAAAAUUUAUAUACAUUGACUUAUGAAAUUUGAUCAUAAUUUUUUUUAGAUUGGCUACUAUUCUUUUGAUUUUUUCAAUUUUUUUGUCAAAACUUCUUUUUUUUUUAAAUUAUAAAAUGCUUUUUGAAACUGUUUUAAUUU